UAUGUUAACCGGCCAAGAUGUGUUGUUGGGAGAACCCCACACUUUUGGUGACAUUCUAGGCCCCAGAUUUGUCAUCCUCGGGAUUCUUCACAACUCGGCCUCGCGAGCGACUUGUAGACCGAAUCUGCUUAGUGGUAUGAUUUUGUUCCAUUUGAGUUGUUUGUGAUGGUCGAAUAUGAGUAUAAAGCAAUGGUGGAUGGAGGUUGCGAACUAUGUACAAAACAGUAAGCACCAGCGACACCAAUUCGAGCUAGCUACAACCAACCACCAACAAAUCGAAAUAACAACAUCGUCACAAUGAGCACUAAAGAAACCAUCUUCGUCAUCGGAGCCACAGGCAACAUUGGUACUUCCGCCGUACACGCCGCUCUUAGCGCCGGAUACAACGUCCUAGCUACUGUGCGCAACACCGACUCCGCGGAAAAGCUAUUCAAGAAUCUCGGUGGCAGAAAAGAAGGAAUCACGACCGUCGAAGUUGAUUGCGUAUCUGAGACUGGCAUCAAAUCUGUCAUUGAGAAAAUUCAGGAUGGGAAGGUCCCCGGAUUCCAGCAUGUUUAUGCUUGUGUUGGAGGACCAUACUCCCCACUUCCCUUGACAGAAGUCACCACACAGUCGCUCCGCGAUCACAUGACGAUAAACUUCGAAGGCAACUUCUUCGCAUACCGCGCUACGAUUCCGUACCUCAUCGCACAAGCCCAUCCAACCAGCACAUGGACCAUGUGCACCGGCUCGCAAGGCGAGAUCGGAGAGUUCGCCGCUCCCGCUAUGUCGCAAGGCGCGUUGUUUUCGCUUGCAAACUGCGCGACGCAAGAGCUAAAGAAUACGAAUGUGCGGUUCAAUGAGGUAUAUCUCGGGUUACGUGUUGAGACCGACGAAAGUGCUGCGCUGCAUGGUGUGGUGAAGGCGAGUGAGUUUGCGGAGGUGUAUGUGGCUGUUUUGAAGGCUGGGGGUGGGAUGAAGGGACAGAGGGUUCUGGUGGAGAAGGUGGAGGAUAUGAAGAAUGUGAGGUGGGUUGCUAAGAUCAAGGAGUAA